GUGUAGUGUGCGAGGGAGAGAAAGAGGAGACGGCGUCGUGCGCACACGCUGCCACAUUAAAAAAAACACGGAAAUAUAUUUAAAUUGUGUUAUGUUAUACCCGGUAACCUUUCACACAGAGGAGCUUGUUUUAGGGAUUGAUUGAUUGAUUGGCAAACUGAGCACCGGAGUUACUGUUGGGUUUUUUUGGGGGGGGAAGCUGUGAGGAAUCAAGUUACUCACGCAACAAAAAAAAGAAAAAGAAGAUUGGUGGACAAUAAAUAAAACUCUGGAUUUACCCCCCUUUUACCCCUCCUCCUAUGAAACUUUAUUUAGUUAGCUAAAAGUGUUUAGCUAACUAAAUAAGAAAGUUUUCCCCCUUUUUUGCUGCUUUGGUGUCCGCUAUGUCUGGAAGCGAGGACGACAGAGAUGAUUACGGCCCGGAGGACCGAUUAUUACACGAUGAUGAAGAAGAGGAGAUCUCCGAGAGCGAAACUCCGAAGGUGAAGAAGAAGAAGAAGGCCAAGAAGAGUAAAGAGAGCAAGGGAAGCAAGAGGCGGUCGAGAAGAGAAGAGCUGCCCGUCAGCUCCCCGGAGCUCAUGGACAUGGGCGGUGCGGAGGAGGCGGAAGACGGUGGUGGUGGUGGCAGCGCCGCCGUCCAGCGCUCCGACAGCGAGGGCAGCGACUACACUCCCGGACGCAAGAAGAAGAAGAGAGGCAGCAGCGGCAAAGAGAAGAAGAGAGGGAGCAGCGGCGCCGAGAGGAGCGCCUCCAAGAAGAAAGACCCAGAGCCGGAGGAGGAUGAAGAUGACGAUGAUGACGACAGCUCGGAGCCGAAGUCGUCGUCCCAGCUGCUGGAUGAUUGGGGAAUGGAGGACAUCGACCACAUCUUCACCGAGGAAGACUACCGCUCGCUGACCAACUACAAGGCCUUCAGCCAAUUCGUCAGGCCGCUCAUCGCCGCCAAGAACCCCAAGAUCGCCGUGUCCAAGAUGAUGAUGGUUCUGGGCGCUAAGUGGCGUGAGUUCAGCACCAACAACCCUCUGAGGGGAGCAGCGGCCGCCAACGCCGCCUUGGCCACCGCCAACGUACCGGCCGCCGUCGACAACAUGGUAGCAGAAGUCGUCCCGCCCGCCCCCGCCGCUGCACCCGCACCGCCCCCGCCGGCCCCCAUCGAGCCUCCACAGCCUCCUGCGCCGCCGCUCCGCAAGGCCAAGACCAAGGAGGGCAAAGGUCCAAACGCCCGCAAGAAGUCCAAAACUACGCCGAAACAGCAAGAGAAGAAGAACGCCGCAAAGACCAAGAAAGUGGCUCCUCUUAAAAUCAAGCUGGGAGGCUUCAACAGCAAAAGGAAACGCUCAUCGAGCGAAGAGGACGAGCCCGACGUGGACAGCGACUUUGAGGACGGCAGCAUGAACAGCGUCUCUGUCUCGGAGGGAUCUAACAGCCGCAGCAGCCGCAGCAAAAAGAAGCCGUCCAAGAGCAAACCCAAGAAGAAGAAAGCAGAGGAAGGUGACGGCUAUGAGACGGACCACCAGGACUACUGCGAGGUGUGUCAGCAGGGCGGAGAGAUCAUCCUGUGUGACACUUGUCCCCGAGCGUACCACAUGGUCUGCCUCGACCCCGACAUGGAGAAGGCACCCGAGGGCACCUGGAGCUGUCCGCACUGCGAGAAGGAGGGCAUCCAAUGGGAGGCCAGAGAGGAAGCCUCCGAAGGCGAGGAGGACAACGUUGACGUGGGCGAGAUGGAGAUGGAGGAAGACGACCACCACAUGGAGUUCUGCAGGGUUUGUAAAGACGGAGGCGAGCUGCUGUGCUGUGACUCGUGCCCGUCGUCCUAUCACAUCCACUGCCUCAACCCGCCGCUCCCCGAGAUCCCCAACGGAGAAUGGAUCUGCCCCCGCUGCCUGUGUGGCCCCAUGAAGGGAAAGGUCCAGAAGAUCCUGACCUGGCAGUGGGGCGAACCUCCUCCUCCUACACCUGUCCCCCGUCCUCCAGACUCCCGGCCGACGCCCCCGACCCCCGCCCCGCUGGCAGGGCGGCCGGAGAGGGAGUUCUUCGCCAAAUGGUCCAACAUGUCGUACUGGCACUGCUCCUGGGUCACUGAGCUGCAGCUGGAGCUCCACUGUCAGGUGAUGUUCAGGAACUACCAGAGGAAGAACGACAUGGACGAGCCGCCGCCCAUCGACUUCGGCGAAGGCGAGGAAGACAAGAGCGUGAAGAGGAAGAACAAAGAUCCGAUGUACGCGGAGCUGGAGGAGAAAUACCUCCGCUUUGGGAUCAAGAUGGAGUGGCUCAUGAUCCACCGCAUCAUCAAUCACAGCGUGGACAGAAAGAAUAACGUCCACUACCUGAUAAAGUGGAGAGAGCUGGCGUACGAUCAGGCCACCUGGGAAGCCGAAGACAUGGACGUCCCCGAGUUCGACAUCUAUAAGAUACAGUACUGGAACCACAGAGAGCUGAUGAUGGGAGAGGAAGGACGACCCGGGAAGAAGAUUAAGGUCAAAGGUCGAGUGAAGAGGCCCGAUAGACCUCCAGAGAAUCCCGUGGUCGACCCGACCAUAAAGUUCGAGCGUCAGCCGGAGUACCUGGACAGCACGGGGGGGACGCUGCACCCUUACCAGCUGGAGGGUCUGAACUGGCUCCGCUUCUCCUGGGCUCAAGGUACCGACACCAUCCUGGCCGACGAGAUGGGCCUGGGCAAAACCGUGCAGACCGCCGUCUUCCUCUACUCGCUCUAUAAAGAGGGUCACUCCAAGGGUCCGUUCCUGGUCAGCGCUCCGCUCUCCACCAUCAUCAACUGGGAGCGAGAGUUCGAGAUGUGGGCGCCCGACAUGUACGUGGUGACGUACGUCGGAGACAAAGACAGCAGAGCCGUCAUCCGAGAGAACGAGUUCUCCUUCGAGGACAACGCCAUCCGAGGCGGGAAGAAGGCGUCCAGGAUGAAGAAAGAUUCGUCGAUUAAGUUCCACGUCCUGCUGACGUCCUACGAGCUGAUCACCAUCGACAUGGCGAUCCUCGGAUCCAUCGACUGGGCCUGUCUGGUGGUGGACGAGGCCCACAGGCUGAAAAACAACCAGAGCAAGUUUUUCCGGGUGCUGAAUAAUUACCCCCUGCAGCACAAACUGCUGCUGACUGGAACGCCUCUGCAGAACAACCUGGAGGAGCUUUUCCACCUGCUCAACUUCCUCACGCCGGAGAGAUUCAGUAACCUCGAAGGCUUCCUGGAGGAGUUCGCCGACAUCGCCAAGGAGGACCAGAUCAAGAAGCUGCACGACAUGCUCGGUCCUCACAUGCUCAGGAGGCUGAAGGCCGACGUCUUCAAACACAUGCCCUCAAAGACCGAGCUCAUCGUCAGAGUGGAGCUCAGCCCCUUGCAGAAGAAGUACUACAAAUUCAUCCUGACGAAAAACUUCGAGGCUCUGAACACCAAAGGAGGAGGAAACCAGGUUUCUCUGCUCAACGUCGUCAUGGACCUCAAGAAAUGCUGCAACCACCCCUACCUCUUCCCCGCGGCUGCUAUGGAAGCUCCAAAGAUGCCCAACGGGAUGUACGACGGUCAGUCUCUCACAAAGUCUGCCGGGAAACUGACGUUGCUGCAGAAGAUGAUGAGGAAGCUGAAGAACGGAGGACACAGAGUGCUUAUUUUCUCUCAGAUGACUAAGAUGUUGGACCUGCUGGAAGACUUCCUGGAGAACGAAGGCUACAAGUACGAGAGGAUUGACGGAGGGAUCACAGGAGGGAUGAGACAGGAAGCUAUCGACCGAUUCAACGCUCCGGGCGCUCAGCAGUUCGCCUUCCUGCUGUCGACGAGAGCCGGAGGUUUAGGAAUCAACCUCGCCACCGCCGACACCGUCAUCAUCUACGACUCUGACUGGAAUCCACACAACGACAUCCAGGCUUUCAGCAGAGCUCAUCGUAUCGGUCAGAACAGGAAGGUGAUGAUCUACCGCUUCGUCACCAAAGCCUCGGUGGAGGAGAGGAUCACUCAGGUCGCCAAGAAGAAGAUGAUGUUGACUCACCUGGUGGUCCGACCCGGUCUCGGCUCAAAGACCGGCUCCAUGUCCAAACAGGAACUAGACGACAUCCUCAAGUUCGGUACCGAGCAGCUGUUCAAGGACGAGCUGGACAUGGAGAGGAAGAAAGCCGGCGCUCAGUACAAAGAGACAGAAGACAGCAGCGUCAUUCACUACGACGACAAAGCCAUCGACCGUCUGCUGGACAGGAACCAGGACGCCACCGACGACACGGAGCUGCAGAGCAUGAACGAGUACCUGAGCUCCUUCAAGGUGGCGCAGUACGUGGUCAAAGACGAGGAGGAGGAGGAGGAGGAGGUGCAACGAGAGAUCAUCAAGCAGGAGGAGAGCGUGGAUCCGGACUACUGGGAGAAGCUCCUGCGUCACCACUACGAGCAGCAGCAGGAAGAUCUGGCCCGAAACCUCGGCAAAGGCAAACGUAUCCGAAAACAGGUCAACUACAACGACGGGUCACAAGAGGACAGAGCUAAAAAGAAAGCAGCUGAUUGGCAGGACGACCAGUCCGACGGCCAAUCGGAUUACUCUGUGGCGUCUGAGGAAGGAGACGAAGACUUUGACGAGCGAACAGAAGCGAACUCCCGCAGGCCGAACAGGAAGGGCCUGAGGAACGACAAAGACAAGCCGCUACCCCCCCUGCUGGCCAGGGUGGGAGGCAACAUCGAGGUGUUGGGUUUCAACUCUCGGCAGAGGAAGGCCUUCCUGAACGCCGUGAUGCGUUAUGGGAUGCCUCCCCAGGAUGCCUUCACCACCCAGUGGCUGGUCCGAGACCUGCGAGGGAAAUCUGAGAAGGAGUUCAAGGCGUACGUGUCUCUGUUCAUGCGUCAUCUCUGUGAGCCCGGAGCCGACGGCGCCGAGACCUUCGCCGACGGCGUUCCCAGGGAAGGGUUGUCACGGCAACACGUACUAACCCGCAUCGGCGUCAUGUCGCUUAUACGCAAGAAGGUUCAGGAGUUCGAGCACGUGAACGGUCAGUGGUCGAUGCCUUGGAUGGCCGAGCUGGAGGAGAACAAACGAGCCGCCGCCGCCGCUCAGCCCGAGUCUCCGGGUAAAACCCCGUCCACUGGAACCCCGGCAGACACACAGCCUAACACCCCCGCACCAGUCGACGACUCCACGAAGACCGAGGAUGCGGAGAAGGAGGUGAAGAAAGAAGGAGACGCAGAAAAGAACGGCAAAGACUCCACGAAGACCAGCAGCAGCAGCAGCGAGGUGAUCGCGAUCCCAGACGACGACGAGAAGAGUCCGCCGGCCGAACCGCAACCACAGCAACCAGAGGAGAAGAAGAACGGAGAGGAGCCGAUGGAGACGGACAAACCCAGCAACGGAGAGGCAGCGGAGAGUACGAAGGAGAAGGAGGGAGGAGAAAAGGAGGAGGGAGAGGGCGAGAAGAAGAGUGCAGCAGAGGGAGGAGAGGAGACGAAGUCACCCACUGAGGCAAAGACAGAGGGGUCAGAGGUCAAACCUGAAGACUCUGAAGUCAAAGCAGAAGAAAAGACAGAAAAGAUGGACACCACACCUCCUGCAGACGAAAAGAAAGAUCUGAAGGAGGAGAAGGAGGCGGUGAAGCCGGAGGAGGCGACCAAACUGCAGAAUGGAGACAGCAGCAAAGAGGGAAGCAAGGAGGGAAGUAAAGAAGGAAGCAAAGAGGGAAGCAAAGAAGGAAGCAAGGAGGGAAGCAAAGAGGGCACGGCCUCGGCCACCGCCACAGCUGUUGCCACCACCGCCACCACGGCAACAGCAGGAGGAGCCAGCGAGGAGAAGAAGAAGGCCAAGACCCGCUUCAUGUUUAACAUCGCUGACGGAGGAUUCACAGAGCUUCACUCUUUGUGGCAGAACGAGGAGCGCGCUGCCACGGUUACCAAGAAAACCAAUGAGAUCUGGCACCGUCGCCAUGACUACUGGCUGCUGGCCGGCAUCAUACAACACGGUUACGCUCGCUGGCAGGACAUCCAGAACGACGUGAAGUUCGCCAUCCUCAACGAGCCUUUCAAAGGAGAGAUGAACCGAGGGAACUUCCUGGAAAUCAAGAACAAGUUCCUCGCCAGAAGGUUCAAGCUGUUGGAGCAGGCGCUGGUGAUCGAGGAGCAGCUGCGUCGCGCCGCCUACCUCAACAUGUCGGAGGACCCCUCCCACCCUUCCAUGGCCCUCAACACCCGCUUCAGUGAGGUGGAGUGUCUGGCUGAGUCCCACCAGCACCUCAGCAAGGAGUCCAUGUCCGGGAACAAGCCGGCCAACGCCGUCCUGCACAAAGUGCUGAAGCAGCUGGAGGAGCUGCUGAGUGACAUGAAGGCAGAUGUCACCCGCCUCCCGGCAACCAUUGCCCGGAUACCGCCGGUUGCCGUGCGACUCCAGAUGUCCGAGAGGAACAUCCUGAGCCGGCUGGCGAGCCGAGGACCCGAGACACAGACACAGGCACAGACACAACAGAUGUCGCAGCAGUAGACUGAAACUCGGCUCUUUUACCUCGAAAACCAACCCCCCUGCCUCACCUCGACAUUCCUGAUUGGUGCACAGCAGACCGACGGACAGCGCACCCAAGCUUGAAGCCACGCCCAGUUCACUUUUUUUCUCCCGCCCCCCCUCGCCUCCAAAAAAACACCCCUCAAAAAACAGACUUUAAAGAGUUUUCUGGAGGGUUAAAACCCUUCCUCCUCCUCCCCCCCCCCUCCCCUCCCCAAGUUUGAGGCUGUGGACAGAAAAGCUAUUUUAUUUUUUUUUCCUCCUUUUUUUUCAAUUUCUGUAUUAAUAUUAUUGAUAUAAUGUUAUUAUGAUGGUUUUUUUGGGACCUAAAUAAAAAAAUGUAAUAAAGAAAUUUUGUUCAUUCGGUUGAUUCAAGUGAAAAGAAAAAUCACA